UAUGUGGAUUCCAGAUUCUUUUUUUUCCAGUUUGCUGAGUGGAAGAAUCUCAACACUUCGGGACGAAACUGGUGCUGUAAGUAAAAUGUUGGUGUAUGUUUCUAGUUAGAUCACGCAGUGUUUCGUGAAGCAUGGUCUUCAGCAUCUAGGGACUCCCAGAGAUAUUUAUUGAUAGAGAUCCGGCAGCAUUUGCACCCAUUUUAAAUUUUCUUCGGACAAAAGAACUAGAUUUAAGGGGAGUGAGCAUUAAUGUUCUCAGGCAUGAGGCCGAGUUCUAUGGAAUCACACCAUUAGAGAAAAUAAAAUGGAGCACUGUUUUUCUGACUGUGUGCUGACAAGUUUGCUUUGACAUGUUUUUAGUAAGAAGGCUUCUCCUGUGUGAGGAACUGGAGCGCUCAUCCUGUGGCAGUGUGCUUUUCCACGGCUAUUUGCCCCCACCAGGUAUCCCUAGCCGUAAAAUAAACAACCCCGGGCGAUCUCCUGACUCCAGGAACGGACUUAGCUCUGCGGAAGGCGAAGCCCAGGGAGAUGCUGCACAGCCUGUUCUCUCUGUGGCCGGAGAGGAGACUGUGAGGCUGGGAUUUCCUGUGGAUCCACGAAAGGUGCUAAUAGUCGCUGGCCAUCACAACUGGAUUGUAGCUGCAUAUGCCCACUUUGCUGUGUGCUACAGAAUCAAAGAAUCUUCAGGAUGGCAGCAAGUGUUUACAAGCCCAUAUCUAGAUUGGACUAUUGAACGGGUGGCUCUGAAUGCAAAAGUGGUCGGGGGUCCUCAUGGAGACAAAGACAAAAUGGUGGCUGUGGCCUCAGAGAGCAGCAUCAUCCUGUGGAGUGUUCAGGACGGGGGCAGUGGGAGUGAAAUUGGAGUGUUCAGCCUCGGUGUUCCUGUGGAUGCACUCUUCUUUAUUGGAAACCAGCUGGUGGCCACGAGUCACACAGGGAAGGUGGGAGUGUGGAACGCUGUUACUCAGCACUGGCAGGUCCAGGAUGUUGUCCCCAUAACUAGCUACGACACGGCUGGCUCCUUCCUGCUGCUGGGCUGCAGCAAUGGCUCCAUAUAUUACAUCGAUAUGCAGAAGUUUCCUCUGCGAAUGAAGGAUAACGAUCUUCUUGUCACAGAGCUCUACCAUGACCCCUCAAAUGACGCUGUCACGGCCCUGAGCGUGUACCUCACACCCAAGACAAGUGUCAGUGGGAACUGGAUCGAGAUCGCCUAUGGUACGAGCUCUGGAGCAGUGCGCGUGAUCGUGCAGCACCCAGAGACCGUUGGGUCAGGACCUCAGCUCUUCCAGACCUUCACGGUUCACCGAAGCCCUGUGACAAAAAUCAUGCUGUCGGAGAAGCACCUGGUGUCAGUCUGUGCAGAUAAUAAUCACGUCCGCACGUGGACAGUCACGCGGUUCCGGGGCAUGAUCUCCACUCAGCCCGGCUCUACUCCAUUAGCGUCCUUCAAGAUUCUGUCUUUGGAAGAGACGGAGAGCCACGGGAGCUACUCCUCUGGAAACGACAUAGGGCCCUUUGGAGAGCGAGAUGACCAGCAGGUGUUUAUUCAGAAAGUUGUUCCCAUCACCAACAAAUUAUUCGUGCGACUCUCGUCCACUGGGAAGAGGAUCUGUGAGAUCCAGGCUGUGGACUGCACCACCAUAUCCUCCUUCACCGUGCGCGAGUGCGAGGGCUCCAGCCGGAUGGGCUCUCGGCCGCGGCGCUACCUGUUCACGGGCCACACCAACGGCAGCAUCCAGAUGUGGGACCUGACCACGGCCAUGGACAUGGUCAGCAAGAGCGAGGACAGGGGUGCGGGCGGACCGAGCGAGGAGGAGCUGCUCAGGCUGCUGGAUCAGUGCGACCUGAGCACGUCACGCGGCGCCACGCCGAACCUCAGCCCCGCCACCUCGGUGCUUCAGCACAGCCGCCUGCGGGCGUCCAGUUCCAGCCUUCAGCUUCAGUACCACGAGACCAUCCACGAAGCAGCAACUUACGGGUCCAUGCGGCCUUACAGAGAGAGUCCUUUGUUAGCAAGGGCACGGAGGACUGAGAGCUUUCACAGUUACAGGGACUUUCAGACUAUGAACUUCAGCAGAAGCAUAGAAAGAGCCGUCCCGGAGAAUGGCAGCCCGGGCCCCACUCAGGGGGAAGCGAAGGGAGCGGCGGGAGAAUGUGGCGCGUCAGAGAGGAAGUGUCCUGGGGCGGAGACCGAAGGCCCCGGAGAGCUGGCGGGCUGUCUGGAAGUGCACCCAGCAGCCGAGGGGUUUUCCGAAGCCAAGAAACGGCCCUCAGAAGAUGGAGACGAAAGUAAGGCAGACUCGAAGAAGAAAGGCGGGCUUGAGGGGGGAGGCGUCCUUGGCAGGAGGAAAGCCCCGCCUCUGGCCUCCGCGCCCAGCGCCUCUGACUGCAGCGCCGACCCCCCCGGGGCUGCCUCCCUGUCCCCCACGAAGGCCACGCCGUCUCCGUCUCCUCGGCGUAAAAAGAGCGAUUCUUCGGGGCAGGAGCACAGCUUGUGAAAACUCACCAGCGUGAGUGGGAGUUCAUUACAUUUAGAUGAAAAUAAGCUUUUCCUGGACUUCAGCAUAUUUGUUUUUACACUAAGACUGAGAGAUCAAAUCGGACUUCAGUUAAUCCCUUUUUAACAGAAUUGCCUGGUAAAAGGAGCUACGGUAAUCGUAUGUCUCUCGGCGUUUCGGAAAUGUCUUAGCUUCACAAGCGCGUUUAACAGGUCGCCUUGUAAAGCGGAGCUCAUUCUCACGUUGGCUCCUGUCGUCGGCUGCGCUCCGGGCUGGGUCUCGGGCGGUGCCUCGUCACGGGCCUUCGGGGGACCCACAGCCUGCCCUCUGUCUCGGUCGCGCCAGACGCUUGUCUUGUCCCAGUGUUAGCACCGCGAAUCACAUGAUUCUCCUCGGUCUCCCAGCCCUCGUGAUGGCAGUGUGUUUACCAGAUAUUCGAUGAGGUGCUAUGUUUGUGACAGAAUACCAUGUAACUCAGAAAAACACUACUGGUGUUAAAUGCCAGCCUCCCCUGUGUAGCAAGACUUAGGGUCGUUUUGGUUUGUGGGUCAUCUUCUGAUUCUCAGUGUGGGCAGUUCUUAAAUCUCAGCAUGCAUCACCAAUACUCAGUGCCAGAAGUCCAUGUGAACUGUAUUUCAAAUUGGAGCAAUUGUCUGCUUGAAGAUGACAUAAAGAGUAACAAUCAGGGCAGCGCUUUGAGCACCCAGAAGGAAAACUCUCCCAGUUACUAAUUUGCUUUGCUUUAGGAGUCACCAUGUUUUUUUCAAUGUUAAUAAUCAAGAUAAUUAAAUGUGGCUGUCUUACUACAUGUAGGGAAGUGUAGUUGUGAAUUUUUGGUUAAAGGUUUUUGCUGAUGUAAAAAUGUUAUUUUUGAAUAUAUUUUGAAUUGUAAGAGCAAAAGAAAGAAUUUUUUUGUACAUUUUCUCUUCAUUUAAUUGGAGUGAAUUUCAGGUUUCAGCAAAGACAGUAAGUGUAAAUUUAAACCAUUAAGCAUUUAUUGUUGAAUAAUGUAUAUAUUUUCAUUCCAAGAAAUAUAAAUGAGUGAAGUUGAAAUAAAUUCUUUAAAGUUUAGUAUAUUGCCAGUGGUUUCACAAAAAAAUUCUCUUGUAUUUAUUUAUCAGCUUAGUCAACUAAAAGUGAUUAAGAUGGAGCGUGUGGUCAUAUGAGUAGUUACUCUAUUUGAAAUGGACCUACAUGUGUGUGUUCACACUUUCGCUUCCUAUAAUUAAAAAGAGAAGACUUUAAUAUAUUGAAAGACUAAGUUACAUCACCAAUGAGGAAAAUAUUAUGCAACCAAAAUCUCAAAAAUCACUAAGAUUGUAAUAAUAUAGUUUUUCUGUAUCAUAAUUGUGUGAAACUUGUACUUACUGAGCAUAAAAGACUACCAAAAGAAGGCAAGACCUGUUACACAGUAAAAUUCCAUGCACCGGU